UGUGUGAAAUGCAGCUGUAUCAUAGUGUCAGGACUAAUCAGAUGGUGAAAUCAGACUGCAGCAGAGGAAGUGAUCACUGACAGGAGGAGCUUAUGAUGUUUAAGGGAAGAGCUGUAACCAUAUAAUGAAAAUAAAGACUGACAGAAACAGACGAUGGCUGAUAAGUGUCACAUGUGUCUGCUGGGACUGAUCCUUCUCUGUUCACUUCUCACAGGUACUAUUGAAGUGGAUGACAAUAACAAGUUCUGCAGUUCUGGUAAAAAUGUCCAUCUGCCUUGUAAAAUUGCUCGUUCAAGCUGCACAUCAACCUCAUGGACCUAUAGCAGACAGUCUGAGACAGUUGAACUGGUUUAUGGAGGGAAGAAGAAGAAUGAUAUAGAGAGACAUGAGAGACUGAGUCUGGGCUCUGACUGCUCUCUGAACAUCAGGAAUGUUACAAAAGAUGAUUAUGGAUCUUACAGCUGCCAACGAUAUGUGAAUGGACAACAACAAGGAACUGAGGAACGUAUUUAUCUGCAUUUUCUUCAUGUUUCAGUCUCUCCAUCAUCCACUCAGAUCAGAAGCGGCAGCUCUGUAACUCUCUUCUGUCAGUUGUAUCAUGAUCAAGUUUCUUGUGAUACUUUGGUCCGUGCUGAGGGAGUUCAGCUGAUCUGGGUGAAUCAGGCUGGUGAGGAUCUACAGACAGACUCUAGAUAUCAGAUAUCUCCACCAGGACACUGUAACAGCACCCUGACAACAACACUCCUGGAUGAAGAUAACAACACAGAGUGGAGAUGUCUGGUUACUCAGAGAAAUGAAGCGAAGACCUCAGCCGCAUAUAUUGUCAGGUAUUCUGGGUACAACCUGUGUAUGAGCUUAAAAUAA